GUGACGAGAUGCCGAUCCAGAAGGUGCACGCCCGUCAGAUCUUCGAUUCCCGUGGCAACCCAACCGUUGAGGUGGAAAUCACCACCGAAGCCGGCGUCUUCCGCGCUGCGGUGCCCAGCGGCGCCUCCACCGGCGAGAAUGAGGCUUGUGAGUUGCGCGACGGCGGCAAGGACUACAUGGGCAAAGGUGUCUCAAAGGCAGUCGACAACGUGAAGUCCAAGAUCGCCCCCGCCCUCAUUGGCAAGGACCCGGCAGACCAGCAGGGCAUCGACAAGAUCAUGAUUGACUUGGAUGCCACGGAGAACAAGACAAACCUGGGAGCCAACGCCAUUCUAGGUGUGUCCAUGGCCUGCUGCCGUGCUGGCGCUGCGCAGAAGGGUCUUCCCCUCUUCAAGCACAUUAACGAGAUCGCGGGCAAACCCCUCAUGUCCAUGCCUGUGCCGUGCUUCAACGUCAUCAACGGCGGUGUCCACGCCGGCAACUUCUUGGCUUUCCAGGAGUUCUUCCUCAUCCCCGUGGGUGCCAAGACCUUCGCGGAGGCCAUGAAGCUCGGCUCAGAGACCUACCACAACCUGAAGGGCAUCAUCAAGAAGAAGUAUGGCCUGGACUCCACGGCCGUGGGCGACGAGGGCGGCUUCGCCCCUGCCGUGGCGGACCCGGAGGAGGGGCUGAAGCUACUGCUGGAAGCCAUCAGCCAGGCGGGCCACGAGGGCAAGAUCCUGAUCGGUUCGGACCCCGCCUCCUCAGAGUUCUGGAAGGGCGACGAGCAGAAGUACGACAUGGACUUCAAGAGCACGAACCCGAAGCCGGAGAACAAGAAGAGCAGGGAGGAGAUGGUGGCCACGUACAAGCGUUUCUGCGACACCUACCCCAUUGCACUGUUGGAGGACCCUUUCGCCGAGGAGGACUUCGAGGGCCACUCGCAGCUCACUGCCUUGGUGGGAGACAAGGUGCUUUGGAUGCUCUUCAUGGGCACCCUGACCGACGGAGCAAAGGUCAAGUCCCUUGAGGCGGCCAUCAGCUCUGCCAUCAAAGAGGCGCUGGCUCCCACAGGCGAAGCUGCCAAUGGGUCACUUUCGAGCCCUGCGGGACAGCGACUUACGGAAGAGGAGAUUCGAUACAUGCUGAGCCUGGCGCGUGAGGGAGGAGAUGGGCUGAGCCGCAUCGAGGUCCAUCGAAUCCGCAAGAAGGAUCCAAGAACGGGGGAGGAGUAUGAUGGCGUCUUCUACAACGAGAGCUAUGACAAGGAGGGCACCAACAUCUGUCAUCAGCCUGGGGAUCGUGUCACGCCGACGGCAGCAGUGAUCGAGAAAGCGGAGCGACUUCUCGAAAACGAUGCCGGGGUCUUGCUGGCGAAGGCUGUUGCAGCCUACAUUCGCAUUGCGGAGUACUUGGGGAAGGAGCUUUACCACAUGGAGGCAGAGGUCGGAUCGGCUGAGCCGCCGGAGGAGCCGCGUGGCGAAAUGAUCAUCAGGAUGACCGCGAAUUGGCUAGAGAAGUUGAAUGAGAUGCAGGCGGAGGCAGGUCAAAUGCUGUGCCCAAACAGUCCCGAGUUUCUUCUCGUCUGUAUCAAGCAGACCAAUUGCCUCUUGGAGACUGCCGCAGAAGCCGACCCCCACGCAAUCACUCCCGGCAGAAUGGCAACCUACCUGGAGGUGGAGAAAGAGGUCACUGACCACUACGAAGAGUUUGCGAUUCAGGCUCAGAUUGGCUUGCCCCAUAUGCCAGGACUUUGCGAGCAGGAGACGGCCAGCAUUGCCAGCAUUCCCGACACAGGCUCCUUGCUGCAAUCGGAGAGCACCGCAGCGAAGGCAGCGAGCAGCGAACGGCAGAGCCGCGCAGUGGCUGCUGUGUUCCACACACACCGGGCAGCAGCCAGGACGGUGCGGGCCCUCUCGGACCAUUCGAGGCUGCAUUUGCUGGAGGAGUCCUUCUUCGCUCACACUUGGAAGAAGGCGUGCGAGCUCAUCGGGUGCUGGACAACCUCGUUUGUCGAUAUCAUGGAUGCAUCCGCCGGACAUAUUGCGGAACUCGUGGACGUGAAUGCUUCCUGGCAUGCUGUGAAGACCCACCAUCUAGGCUUCAUGCAAUUCAGGACGUCUGUAUGGCAGGCGAUGAAUGCAAGCUCUGAUUUCCAUACAAACUUCAGAAAGUUCAUCUACGGAACAGGCCGGGCAAAGGGGGCGAGGCGUGUGGAUCACGUUUACAAGGAGGCGAGCGACGUGCUUUCCACCGCCCUUGCCUUGGAGCGUAGAGAGAACGCCGACUCAGAGGCUGGAAGGCGAAGGAGUUCUCCUCGGAGACGGGGGAGGAGAAGGGAGUUUUUCAAAGUCUCAGGCAUGGGCGCGGAAAUCUAUGGCGAAGGAUGGUGGUGCCUGAGCUGGCGGGCCAAUGAGUUUAGCAGCUUCCAGAGGAAGUUCCCUCACGAGUCUACGAAGUGGGGUGCGGCGGUGGGCUACAGCAUGGCUGUGGGCGAUCCGCAGGAGUUUGAGGUCUGGGUCGAGGCUAUGAAGGGGAACCACCCGGCCGUGUUUGAGCUCGCGGUGGGCUUGACGAUCGGCUUCAUUCCUAGCCUACCCACCGGGCAGGGUGUGCGGGCUGGCGUGACCGUUGGCGGGACCUUGACCCUAAAGACCGAUGGCCCAAAAGUCGGCAUCAAGCUUGGGCUUGGCGUGAGUGCAGUGGAUGGCAUUGCAAAGUCGACAGACUGUAGCCCCAAGAAAGGCAAUAUUGGUGGCUUCAAGUGCAUGAAAGGGGUGUCUGCUUCGUUCACCAUCUUCUGCAAGAGUUUCGACUUUUCCAGCGGUGACAGCGAUGCUCAGCAAGAGGACCCAUGCUCCACAGACGGCAAGUACUACAAGGAGAUACAGAGGCGCCGCGUUCCUUGGAACAACAAGUAUGUCCGCCGGCGUGAGACCAACAUGCCGGGGCAGGAUCGGACGACGGAGAAAAACUCAGUUGCUUGUCGUGACCGCUGCAACCGGGUCUCGGGUUGCGUGCACUACACCUUUUACCAGGACGGUGGCUGCCACCUCCAAAGCAGAGACAGUGAGCUUCAUGGGGGAUGGUAUGUCAGGUCUGGCCCAGGCCGGCCAGAAGACUGCUGUGCAGUACCGAAGGUCUGGUGGGCAAUCGACUACAACAGACGCCGUCGCCGGCGUUGGCGUACCGACAAGGGCCAGCCGCAUUGGUACACACUUGACGGCCGAAGGCGAGGUAAGUCACAUGGACAAACCUUGCAGCAGUGCCAGCAGCGCUGCGCGUCAGUGAGUUGGUGCCAGCACUUCACCUUUUGGCGAGAUGGAGGUUGCCACAUCACCGAUUCGAGUGCCAAGAAAUACAUCAAUCACGGGCAAAGCCCGCAGGCGUCAGGGCCACCCCGUUGCAGAUGA